CUUGCGACUGAUCGCCAGCGAUCCAGCGGAUUCCAGCGGCCAUCCUGCAGCAUGUCGAACGAGAAGGACCCGGCAUACUUUGCAUACUACGCGCAGUUUGUCCAUCAGCAGAAUAUGCUGCAGGACACGGUGCGAACGUCGUUUUACCAGUCGGCCAUCGCCCAGAAUGGACCCGACCACUUCAAGGACAAGAUCGUGAUGGACGUCGGAGCCGGAAGUGGCAUCCUUUCGUACUUUGCCCUCCAGGCCGGAGCCAAAAUGGUGUACGCAGUCGAGGCAUCUGGAAUGGCGACCAGGAUCCAGAAGAUGGUCGACGCGGCCAUCACGAAGAAUCCAUGGAUGCAUGGCCGGAUCAAGGUGAUCCAAGGCAAGAUCGAGGAUGUGACAGACAUCCCGCUCGUCGACACCAUCAUCAGCGAGCCGAUCGGCGUGCUGCUGGUCCAUGAACGCAUGCUGGAGUCGUAUCUGGUGGCCCGCGACCGCUUCCUGAAGCCCGGAGGAACCCUGAUCCCAAGUGCUGGAACAAUCGCAAUUGCACCGUUUACCGAUCACAACCUGUGGCUGACGACCAUGACCAAGGUCCGGUUUUGGGAGCAGGACAACUUUUACGGUGUCGACUUUAGCCCGCUGGUCGAUGACGCUCGGGAAGAGAUCUUUGGACAGCCGGUUGUCGGUGCAUUUGACCCGCGCUCGGUGCUCGGCGAGGCCGUGCGUCAUAUCGUGGACUUUCGCACCAUCUCCAUGGAGGAGCUGCAGAACAUGACGAUCCCGAUAAAGUGGAAGAUUCCCUACACGGGAAUCAUCCACGGCAUCGCAGGCUGGUUCGACAUUGACCUUGGCGGAAUCAACCUAUCGACGGCGCCCGGCGCAGACCGCACGCACUGGCAGCAAGUGCGGUUCUUGUUCAAGGAGCCGCUGGCCGUCAACGCCUUCGAGACGAUUGUCGGGCACAUGAAGCUGGUUGUCAACCAGCACCGAUCGUACGACAUUACGGCCGAGGUGACGAUUGUGGACGAGAACGCUGGCCAUAGCGACAUUGUGGCUCUCGACGACAUGGAGUCGGACGGCUCGCUCUCACGCCACGACCCACAGAGCUUCCGGAGGCGCGGCGGCAAAUGGGGAUUGCACGAGCAGACUUAUUGGUAUGCUUAUGACCCGCACCUGCAGCCGGCUGUUCCCGAGAACCGGCCCGAGCUCGUCAAUCUGUACCAACCCGACAUGGCCUCCCGGGGCGGCGACGUUGGGCGCCUGGUGUGAAAGCGGCAGACGCGGGUGGCCCAAGAAGAGGGUUGAUGGACCGAAUAGAACGACGUGGGAAGGGCCAGUCGGUACUGCCCGGCGAUACACCUCCGAGUAUGUGCCUCACA